CGCAUUACUCAGCUAAGAAAGCCUCGAGUCUUGACUCCUUCCGACGUCUGAGAAAUAGAGAGGAAGCGAAAGGAAAUGAGCAGCGGCGGCGCGGGGUUCAGGUCCCGAGUGGAGCACUACCUCUAUAGCGGCGAUAAGAAGCAUGUUCUCGCCGGCAUCGCCGUCAUCUCCGUAGUCUUCAGCAUCCCGUGGUUCCUCAUGAAUCGAGGAUCAAAGCAUCAGUCCCACCAAGAUUACAUGGAAAAAGCUAAUCAAGCUCGGAGUGAACGGCUUUCUUCUGGUCAAUCAUCUCUUGAAUGAUGCAAUGAGUGGCAGAGAUAGUUCUCAUCUCUGAUGUGCAUCUUUUUGUACACGGACCAUAUCUCUUGGAAGAAUGGGACCUGGGCGUUUCUCUUCCUCGGGAGACACUAUGUUUUCGGAUUUUGGCUGAAACAAAUAUUUAUUUUUAUUUGAUGUCAAAUUACGGAUUUUUAUGACUUGUAAAUGAAUAACAGAGGAGUUGGCGUUUAUAUGCUGACAAUGUAACCUCAAAAAUGCCCCUUUCAUGACAAUCCGAUGUCUGAACGUGUAUGAUUGCAUUUGGUUCAGAUAUUAUUUGUCUGAGGUAUUUCUACUAAUAUCAAAUCUUUUUCUUCCA